UCUGAUGAACAGAUAGUUAAAGAAAAGUGAUUGCAUUUAACAGGAUAAGAGGAAUACAGCACUUAUACACGUAUUAUUGAUCUUAUUACUUGAGAUUAUAAACCUAUUAUUGGUUUAAGACAGGCGACGUAAACACGGACACAGGCUCCACCUUCAGACACUCGGCCCCGCCCCCUAUCCGAGUCCCCUUGCUGAACAGAAGAUCGCUCCAGCUGGCACAGGAUGGGGGAGGCGGUGGCCAACGUCGCUCGAAGAAUCAACGCCACCAUGGAGAACGGAUUAGACACGUUAGACCUGUCGAACUGCAAUCUAAUCAGUUUUCCUGACGGCGUAUUAAAGAUGAUCCGCAGCUAUGCAGAUCAAAUCCACAUCAUCUCACUGGCCAACAACAAACUGAAAAGUUUGAGUGGCAAGUUUUUCACCAUGUUCACCCAGUUAACAGAUUUGGAUUUACAAGGAAACACACUGACUAAACUCCCAGAAGCUGCUGGAGAAAUGCAGCACCUCAUCAGCAUCAAUCUCUCAAACAACAACCUCAACGCUUUUCCUGAGCAACUGACAAAUGUCCCCACACUGCAGAACAUCAACUUGUCAGGAAACCAAAUCUCAGAUGUGUCUUGGGAGGGUGUGUGUGCCAUGUCAUCCCUGAACAUGGUGGAUCUGAGAUCUAAUCCUCUUACGUCAUCACCACAGACUUCCCCGAGCUUCACACUCCUCACAUAGACACACAGACAUCACUCAUCUGCAGCUCAUGCUGGAGUGGACGAGGAGCUCAGCAGAGUGGCUCUCAGUCCCUACUACUAUAGUGAGAAAGUUACUGUAAUAACACAGCUGGGGUGGUUAUGGGGUGUAUUAUUAGAAGUGUAAUUCAGGGUCAAUUGGGGUAGACUCAGGGAAUCUGAAGGUGCAACUACUGGAUUUUGGAAAUUUUCCCAUAGUGAAAUGUUGAAAGGUUCUUGUCUGCUGCUGCUUCUGCACUAAAUAAACAUUCAGAUAAAUAUUUA